UAUUAGCUAUAAAAGCAGCUUCAAACUUUUCAUCUGUUGAUUUGAAGAGGUCAUCUGAAUGAGAACAAAUAACUUUUCUGCACUUCACUUCACAUUGUUACUCCUGAGCUCCUGAAAAAUAACUGAAAGAAAACUCACUCUGAAAAAGACAACAUUGUUUUCAGAUCUACAAGAUCAUCGGAAAGAUCUGUCUGAAUCAAGAUGCUGCUGAUCAUUGAAGCUCUUCUUCUCAUUUCAGCUGCUCUAGGAAAGGAUCAUAGAGCAGCUGUUAAAGGACAGAUAUUUCCACUGGAUAUGGCACUGAAUUCAGUUGAUGACCUUUAUUACGGCUGUAAAGAGAAAAUGGCAAAGCAGGUGGACAAAGAAUAUCUGAAGAAGGAACUCAGAAACUCAGUUGAUUUUGAAAAGGUUUGGAAAAUUAGUAAAAAAAAAGUAUCCCGCAAUUUUUUGGGCAAAUUAAAACCAAACAAUAAAAUUGCUAUUUAUGCGUACACUUACACCCAGAACAACACACAUAUAUAUGUUAAGUUCAAUAAUGACACUCGGUAUGGCAAACAAAACUACCCAGUCAUGAAAUACAAAUGGUAUUCACUUCACUUUCUGUUAACAGAAGCACUGCAUAUUCUAAAGAAAAAACAAAAUACAUGCUUUGAUACUUUUCGCUGUACAAAGGUUAAAUUUGAGAAUGAUGUUCUGAACAAAGAGGUUCGUUUUGGCUCAUUUACAUCCUCCUCUCUUGAUCGUAGUAUAGCAAAACGUUUUGGAACUGAAUCUUGUUUUGAAAUACACACUUGUGAAGGAGCUAAUAUUACAAAAUAUUCUAUGCUUCGUCAUGAGGAAGAGGUGUUGAUUCCUCCAUAUGAGAAGUUCAAUGUUACUGAUAUCAGGACAAGAACAAAUCAGAAAAAUCACGGGUGUAAGACUGUGUUUGUGUUGAACAGCACUGGAAUAAGAAGUGACCUGAACUGUGCUCUAUAUAACCAACCAAGGCCAUAGCAAAAUACUGAGGUGUGUGCUGAACAACGGGCCUUGAAUUUACAUGAAAUCUCGUGUGACACUGUGUUUAGAAAAGUAAGUUCUUCAUCCAACAAUGUAAAAAAGACCCUUUUUUGAAUGUUGUACUUCUUUCAUGUGACUGAUUGUAUUAAAAAGUGCUAAGGUCUGUGUAACGCUUCACAAUUCAAUUUUCAGACCAUAUGGAACAAAUGAAAAAAUUUAAAAAUGAAAUCAAACAUAAAUCUUUUUAUUGUUUUCAGCUACUUCAUAAAUGACAAUGACCAAUUUCCAUUUUCCACCACUUACACUGGUGGACACUAUUAAUAAUAAACACUACUAUUUACAGACAAACAGAAUAGGCCAGAAUAUGAAAGCAAAUUGUGCUAAAUUGCACGUUAAAGGGUUAGUUCAGCCAAAAAAGAAAAAUAUGCCAUUUAUGACUCACCUUCAUGUCGUUCCAAACCCGUGAGACCUCCGUUCAUCUUCGGGACACAGUUUAAGAUAUUUUAGAUUUAGUCAGAGAGCUCUCAGUCCCUCCAUUGAAGCUGUGUGUACGGUCUACUGUCCAUGUCCAGAAAGGUAAGAAAAACAUCAUCAAAGUAGUCCAUGUGACAUCAGAGGGUCAGUUAGAAUAUUUUGAAGCAUCGAAAAUACAUUUUGGUCCAAACUACGACUUUAUUCAGCAUUGUCUUCUCUUCCGUGUCUGUUGAGAGAGAGUUCGAAACAAAGCAGUUUGUCAUAUCCGGUUCGUGAACGAAUCAUUCGAUGUAACCAGAUCUUUUUGAACCAGUUCACCAAAUCGAACUGAAUUGUUUUAAAUAGUUCGCAUCUCCAAAACGCAUUAAUCCACAAAUGACUUAAGCUGUUAACUUUUUUAAUAUGGCUGACACUCUGCAUUACUACACUGCAGUGAAUCACAACAGACCCGGAAGAGAAGCCCUUUUGAAAUUCUCUUUGGCAACCCACCAUUUAUGGGUAAAGAAAGUGGGUAAACAACAGCUACCAUCUACAGGUGUGUGAGCAUGACAUGUUGAGUUAUUGCAAGGAAAUGUCUUCUCUGUUGUCUAAUGUCUG